AUGUUAUCGUAUCGACUGAAGCGCACUUGCGCAUCCCAGAGAAAAGAUCCAGAGCAACAACUCAACGAUGUGGUGGUUUUUGCCUCAUUCAUGAAACAUGCAGCACCGGAUGCUCUGACGAAGAUGCACUCCAAACAUGCCCGUUCGAUCCGAGAAACAAAUCGCUACGAAAAAAUCAAGGAGCGCAAGGACGAUGCUCCCGCAGACGACAGCGACUCCUAUCUUCGUCUCAAUAUAGGAGGAAAAUCGUACUACAUUCGAAAAGAACUCUACACCGAAGAGCGCACGUUGAUGCAUGACAUUGUUGAGUCGACACAUGAACAAAGAAUGGCCCUUGUGGACGGGUGUGAUCCCAUAACUGGGGAAUAUUACUUGGAACGAAAUUCUAGGAUUGCAGAUCACAUCGUGGAUUUCUUCACUACAGGUAGCCUGCACAAGCCGCAAAAUAUGUGCAUCGAGAAAUUCAAAGAAGAGUUGGCAUAUUGGCGUAUCAACCCUGAUCACUUAUCUAAAUGCUGCGCUUUGCCUCGACAUCCAUCUACAACAAGAUCGCAUCUGCAACCAGCGUCUAGUCUCGAUGAAUACGAGACGGAAUUCGACGGGGCUUACCUAUACUCUUUUCGCCUCUCCACGUGGCGGUUUCUAGAAGAUCCACAAUCUUCGGUCCCUGCGGCAGUAUUCGCCGUACUUUCCGUGCUUUUCGUAUUCGCUAGCGUGUUUGGUUUGAUUUUGGGAUCAAUGCCUGAAUUUCAAGAGGAUGCCAGCAAUGCAUCGGCCUACCACUAUAUGCACGUCAAAACAAGCGAGAGCGAGAAACUCAACAAAUUUGGUGCAUCAGUCGGUCGAAGUGAGGAGUUUCCUGACUUUGUCUACAAACCGACUGACAAUCCAACAUUUGCCCUUGUUGUGCUGGAAUACAUCUGCAUAGGGUGGUUCACCUUCGAGUACUUCAUCAGGUUGGUAAUCUACCCGAGAAGAGGUGAAUUCAUCACGAAAACCCUGAACAUUAUUGAUAUGCUCACGAUACUGCCAUUCUAUUUGGAAUUGGGCUUACCUUUAGUUGGAGUUCAUUCUCACUUCAAAGAAUUGACAGGCGAGGAGCUGACGAGAGGUGCCCAAACGUGGAUAGGAGCAAUGCUGGUCGUUCGCGUACUACGUGUUCUCAGAAUGGCACGAGUUUUCAAGCUUGCCCGAUAUAGCAGCAGUCUGCAGACAUUUGGACAAACGCUGAAGUCAUCUAUAACAGAGCUGAGUAUGUUGAGCAUGUUCCUAUUGACGGGUAUAAUAUUCUUCUCCACCAUUAUGUAUUAUUUGGAAAAGGACGAACCUCAUUCCGACUUUUACUCCAUACCAGCAGCAUGCUGGUGGUGUGUAGUUACGAUGGCAACAGUGGGUUAUGGUGAUGCAAAACCAGUGACUGCAUUUGGGAAAAUGGUAGCGACAGCGACAUCCAUAUGUGGUAUAAUUGUACUCGCUUUUCCAAUCUCGAUGAUUGUUGAAAAGUUUGCAACAGCACAGCAAAGAGCCAUAGAAGAGGAGCAGAUUCAUCAAGCGCAAGUUUCGGCCGUAGCCAACAAUUACCUCUUACGGAGAUUCCCGACCAGACGACAUAUUCGAAGAGACCGUGCGAAUGGAGCUACUACGAGUCCCCUUAUCAAGACUGUUGCUUGAUUCAAGCUCAGCAAUUCACUAACAGUGCCACCGCUGGCAACAACGAAUACGAUUGAUAUGUGCAAUAGAUAUAUGUACAGUAUAGAUUGUUAUCUUCUAAGCAGAAAU